AGAAAGCACCACCCCUACCCGCAACCAUGGCUGAGAAGGACCACAUGUCCGUCGUGAUCUGCGGCCACGUCGACUCCGGCAAGUCGACCACCACCGGCCGGCUGCUCUUCGAGAUGGGCGGUAUCCCCGAGCGUGAGAUGGAGAAGCUCAAGGCCGAGGCGGACCGCCUGGGCAAGUCGUCCUUCGCCUUCGCCUUCUACAUGGACCGCCAAAAGGAGGAGCGCGAGCGCGGCGUGACCAUCUCGUGCACCACCAAGGAGUUCUUCACCGACAAGUGGCACUACACCAUCAUCGACGCGCCGGGCCACCGCGACUUCAUCAAGAACAUGAUCUCCGGCGCG